AUGAAUGAAAAAUUGAUUAAUUUCGUUGAGGUUACAGAUGAAUUCGUUGAUGAUGCAAAGAAUCCUAUUGAAUUGACUUGUUCUUCUUCCCCACAGGAAAUGGCAAAGUUUAUCUUAGACAAUUCAGAAAAAUGCAAUAAUUUAACACUCGUUUCAUUCGGAAUUAAUUCUAAAGCAACAAAAUCUUAUUUAUCAGGACCUUCGUCUGUUUUAGCUGAAAUUAUUACAAAUUUACUUGAUAAAUCCAUUAAUCCAUUACUUUUCAUAGAAAAUUCAACGUUAAAACUCCCUAAUGAAGAAAAUUCGGCAUACGUUGUCAAAAAUCCCACAGAUUUUCCAAAAUUGUUCGAAAAUACAAACGCAUUUCCAGAAAAUGAUUAUUUCAGAAUUAAACUUUUCUUUUCAGAUAGAUUAAUAACGCUCGUAUACUUACCUUUUUUCCCACCAUUCAAGUCAAAUACCUCUAUUGCAAUUAAAACUAAUUCUUGGCAAAUUUUACAAAAUCCAAAAGGUUUUAUCACAUCAAAAGCUUUUAUCGCUAUUCAUACAGAUUAUAAAUACAAGGAGGAGACUAAAACUCUCAAAAUUUUAGCUCAAAAUUCUCCAGAAAUAUUAAUUGAACAAUUUGCUCAACCACAAGUUUCAAUUAGUCUAAAUGAAUCAGAUAAAGAUGAAAAUGAAGAAGAAAACAAUGAAAUUGAAAACGAAAACAAUAAUGAAAAUAAUAAUGAAAAUCAAGACGAAAAUAAGAAACAUCAUCAUAGAAAGCAUAGACACCAUCAUCACCAUCACAAACCUGAUGCUAAAAACAAAGAAUCAGAUAAAGAAAAUGCAAAUAAUAAGAAUAAUUCUGUAAAUUCAAAACCACCGAGUAAAAAAGGUUCUGUAAAUAGUAGAAAAUCACCAGGUAGUGCACAUAGCUCUCAAAAAGCCAAUUUAUCUAAUGCACAAAACAUUGAUAUUGAAUCUUUAAAUAAUUCAGAGAAUUUUCCAGAAGAAGAAGGUUUUAUUAACUCUCCUCAAAUCGAAGAAGAGGAAGACAUUGAAGAAAUCCAGAAAAAUGAAAAAGAAAAAGGAACAAAAACAGGAACUCUAAAUCCUGAUGGAGUAAAGACCAACCGCAUACGUAAAAUUAGGAAGACAAGACGUAUAAAGAGAUCAACACUAUUGGAUCAAGCAAAUGAAGACACAGAAGAAGAUUUUGAAUAUUCUGAGAGCGAAAAUGAAGAACAGAACACAGAACUUAAGAAUUCCGAGUAUUCAUCAGACUAUGAUGACUAUUAUGAUACUUAUAUCUCAGAAAACGAAACGAAACAACUUGAAAAAUUAAAAUUCAAGAACGAAGAAGAAGAAACAGCUACAGAAGCAGAAGAGGAAGAAGAGGAAACACUAGAGGAUAAGAUUCACAACUUCGCUUAUAGCGUUGAGCUGAAUAUUCCUGCAUUGCAAACAAAUGCGAUUUAUGCAACACUUUUCAACCAGCUUUUCUACGAAAAGUGGCGUGGUGGUGCUCUAAAGCGUGCAGAAGCUGCAUUGAAUCAAGCAAAAGAGCAUUUGAGGCAAACAAAAGCCGAUGAAAUCCAAAAUCUCAGAAAUUUGGUCGAAUCCAACGACUUAACGAUGUUUGUUGCCAGAGAAGAAAGGAAACUUCGAUUGAUAGAAUCCAAAUCCGUUGAAGUCAUGGAGUUAUUGUUCAGCGCGAGGUCAUCUCAAUUGGCCGAACAAAAUCCAACUUCCUCUUUGUUGAAAACAUAUAAAAUCAUGUGUGCUGAGAACAUCGAACUCAUGAGAACUGUUCGCGAGAAGAGAGCUAAGAUAAGGAGUGUUGCAAUGGACAUAAGAGUUCUUCAAAUGAGAAGAAUCGAAGCAAUGGAAAAACGUCAUAAUAAAGCCAUAAAAAUGACAAAUGCAAAACAAGAAUUAAUAAAAAUAACUGAGGAAAAGGAAGCUAUUAGUGAUGAAAUAGAAGGUCUGUCACAGGCAAAGGAACAGUUACUUAAACAAAGAGAAAAAAUUUUGGCUUUAAUUGAACAGAAAAAGGCAGAACUUGCUAAAAAGAAAUCAAAAUAA